AUGUGGUGCUUCUCGCGCAGCUUUGCUCUGGACUGCUCCGGGCCCUGUGCACCUGGGAAAGACCAGGAGCUGAUCGUUGCUGACCAGGAGGCGCCACCUCGCCUAGCUACUCGCGGGGCGAUGAGUUUACAAGCCUCCGACCGAUUCUGGGAUGCAUUCCAAGGCAGUUGGUACCGUGUGGAGGAUAAUCGCUGUGUCGGUGAGAUAUUCGGGAACAGCAUGAUCUGGCACUCACAGUGGAACAUGCCGGAAGCAGAAAGUGUGCUGGAGAGCCUGAACGACGACGCAGUCCUGCACGAAGUUAACGGUCACGUUCUCCUGGGCAGAAUCCGUCGAGAUGCGCAGAUGACCAUACUGUGGAGUGAUGGUGAUGUGUGGCGGCUGAAGUAA